ACAGAAACUGGCGCAGCGUAAGAUGGCGGAGGGGAGGUCAUGUGAUAGUGACUGAGGCGCAGCUAAUAUGGAGGCAGCAAAGGGACUCCCCGACGAGGGAACGGUAGAGGUAGAGGAACAACUAGUCAUGGUGGAAUUGUCAGGAAUAAUUGAUUCAGAUUUUCUGGAGAAAUGUGAGAACAGAUGCAAGAUUCUGGGAAUAGAUACAGAGAGGCCCAUUUUGCAAGUAGAUAGAUACGUCUUUGCUGGGGAAUAUGAAGAUACCCUUGGUACCUGUGUGGUGUUUGAAGAAAAUAAAGAUCAUGUUGAUGCAGAAGGAAACCAAAAACUAGAACUAAAAUACAAGUGCCACACAAUGAAGAAGCUGAAUAUGACCCGGACACUCCUGACUGAGAAAAAGGAAGGAGAAGAAAACACAGGUGGUGGAGUGGAAUGGCUGGAGCUUAAGGACAAAGAUUUCUCGUAUAGCAGACCUAACAUGAUCUGCAAUUACUUAUAUGAAAAAGAAGAGGAGACAACUGAGCCUCAAGACAAACUGGCAGAAGAAUCUGAAGGAGAAGCCAGUGACAAAGGAAACUUUGAUGAGAACUUUGAACCUGAAAUGCAGCCUAGCAUGGGAAUUGAUGACUCUGUCCAAAUCUUGGAUAACGCUAGCCCUGAAGCAAUGGCCUCUCCUUCAGUGAACACUCAAGAUAUUACCUUAGACGAUUCUCCAUGUUGAUGUGAAGUCUGUAAUUUAGCAAUGACCAUUAGCAGAGCUAAUUAAUAGAGUGUAAGUCUGAAAGGAGACUCUCUGACUUCAGGCUUGUGUACAUAGUUAAUUGGAAAACUGGGUCCUAAACUACAUGGCAGUUUAGGACCAUAAUCCUAAAAACUUUGUACGUAGUGUGUAUGAAGCUUUUGACUUUUUUUCCACAAGCAGCCCACUGCUGCCCAACUGUAUUUCAAUGCCAGCUAUUUUUAAAAUUCAAGUGAGUUUCAGAAGCAUUUUGCACAGCUGGAAGCUCCCAUUCAAAGAAAAAAGUCAGCUGGUCAUGUACAACCCUUUGGGCAGGCCUACUAGGGCUUUCUGGAGAGUGGCUUUGUUUUCUCAUGACAUCUUAUUUCCUCAGAAUUCCAAACAACAAAAGAUUGAUGAAGAACUAAUGUUAUUCCACUCUUGAUUCUUCUAUGUACACAAAUUUGUAAAAUAUUGUGCAUUUAUUUGUAAAAUACAUUUUUGCUGUUCUCUGA